GGCUAAUAAUGGGGGCUUCACUCACACGUGGAUAUUGUAGCUAUCGUUAAUGGGACGAACAUAUUGUUUUUUUCUAGGAUAUUAAUUAAUUUAACCGAAACAAACAGAUGACCUUGCGGGCAGUACUUGGUUUCUCGUGCAGACGAUCGUCGCAGGCCAAGUUAUAUCAGCAGCUUUUACCGCCGAUCAGUGUAGUUAAGCGGGAUUUUCAUGAGGACUUCUUGAAUAAACAGAAAAACCUUGAUAAACCAACCGUCCUCAUAACAGGAAGCUUGGGACAGUUAGGCCAAGGACUUGCAAAGAUACUAAGAGCUAGAUAUGGCAGAUACAACGUACUUAUGUCUGACAUAAUCAAAGCACCAGAUGAAAUUCUUGAAACAGGACCAUACGUCUAUGCAGAUAUUCUGGACUUCAAGAACCUGCAGGAAAUUGUUGUCAACUAUCGGGUAGACUGGAUUGUACACUUCAGUGCUCUUCUCAGUGCCAUAGGCGAACAAAAUGUCCCACUAGCUAUGAGGGUCAAUAUAGAGGGACUACACAAUAUACUGGAGAUCUCAAAUCAGUACAGGUUGAAGUUGUUUGUGCCGAGUACUAUAGGUGCAUUUGGCCCAGAUUCUCCCAGGAACCCCACCCCAGAUCUGACGAUUCAGCGACCAAGAACUAUCUACGGAGUGGCAAAGGUUCAUGCCGAGCUUAUGGGAGAGUACUAUAAAGAACGGUUUGGUAUGGAUUUCCGCAGCUUGAGAUUUCCUGGUAUCAUAUCGUCUGAUACUAAUCCAGGAGGAGGAACCACAGAUUACGCAGUUGCUAUAUUCCAUGAAGCUUUAAAGAGUGGGUGUUAUCAAUGCUACCUGAAACCUGAUACAAUGUUACCUAUGAUGUACAUUGAUGACUGUCUGAGAUCUAUUCUAGAAUUUAUGGAGUUACCCGAGGAUAGACUGAAAAUGAGGACGUACAACAUACAGGCAAUGAGCUUCACACCGAGAAUACUGGCCGAGGCUGUGAAGAAAUACGUGCCAGACUUCGAGAUAACGUACAAACCAGACAGUCGUCAAGCUAUUGCUGACACUUGGCCGAUGAAGUUUGACGACUCGAGAGCCCGUGCAGAUUGGAAUUGGCACCACGAUUAUGAUGUUGACAGUCUAUGUCAGGUGAUGUUUGAUGCCCUUAUUCCGAAAUAUAGAGGCACAGCAACCACUGGAACACCUGAGCCGAAUCAUUGACAUCAAGUGCGCUCAAGUUUACAUGAGAUUAUUGUGGUCGUUCAAAAUUUAAAUUUAAUUUGCCAUGACAACAAAGAACGGCCAUAAAUACUUCAUUCAUGUGACAAUCGACUUGGUGUGCAAAUGCGAGUCUCUCAUUAUUAAAACCGCGCUUGUUCAACAGGGCGUACUUUGAUAGCCCUGCCAGAAAAUUUUAUAAUUAGAACGAAAUUCUUGUUUUAUAUUAAUUAGUACAUAUUAAUUAGCGAAUGAUAACUUACAAAAAUAAUGACUUCGCAUUUCCGGUUAUUCAAGGUAACGUUAUGGAGUACAAAAAAUGGUUUGACCGCACCAUAAAGAUGUUGUUCUAUAAAAGGGAUGUUGUCCCAAGGUAGGGGUGUUGUGUUGUCCAGGUUUGCAAAAUUAAACGUAGCGGUUUCGUAAAUACGAUCUUAUUGCACUUUGCUUCUCUAGAUAACAAGUCUUUUUUUUUUAUUUCGUUAAGCUCUUUACUUUUUGUUGCAAAUUUUAUACUUAAUUACUAUAUUUACUAUUGAUGUCUCAAAACUGUCGUCUUUUAUAUGUGAUAUCUGAAACGUUUUAUGAAAGUUGGUACGGCUCAUUGUACAUACAUCAUACAGUUUCUUAUUAUCUUACAUACAUAUUUUUACAGUACAGAUACUCGAUAUGACAGAAAAAGAUAUACUAUAUAAAGUUUUAUUUUAUGUUUUUAGAAUACAGCAUUUACAUUUAAAAUACAAACAUGUAGUUAAUUUUGAAAUUUAUAAUUAUCAUAUAAAGAAACUAUAUAGUUUUUAGAUAAAAUAGGUAUACAAUAAUUGUUUAUCUUUUAAAGUAUAAUUGUUUUUGUUGGGUUUAACGUCGCAGACUUUCCAGCUUUGAAUGGAAGGAAGACCCAGGUGCCCCUCCGUGCAUUAUUUCAUCAUGGGCGGGCACAUGGGUAGAACCACCGACCUUCCGUAAACCAGCUGGAUGGCUUCCUCACAUGAAGAAUUCAACGCCCCGAGUGAGGCAAGUGAGGGGCACGUGAUUUGAAAUCGACGACCUUAACCACUCGGCCACGGAUGCCCCUUAAAUAUAAAAUUUUGUGUUACACGCGGUCGCACAUACUGGAAUUAUAUAAUGUAUGAUAUUUUUGUAUGUACUGUUAAUGUGAAGCGACGUUUUAUCUGUUUUUACAUUACGUCACUGAUAAAAUUUAAUAAUUCACUGUUAGUUAUAAGGUUUAGUGUUUGAUUCUUAAAUGGGUGAUAAUUCUUGUUUACAGGAAUGAUAUUUUAUUUACGUAUAUUGCAAAAUGUCUAUGAAGACUAAUUUUAACAUGCUACUGACUCUAACAUUUCGGAGUCUUUGGGUUGAUUUUAUUGAUUUUUGAAAUGUGAGUUUGUGCUUUUUAUAUUAGAGGCUUUCUACUGGAGGAAAUUGGAGGAAAUAAAUCUCAAUUACGAAUAUUAAAAAACAAAGUUAUAUUGUUGUAUCAUAUUUGAUACUGUUUAGCAUACCUGUAUAAUAAAGCUUCGAAACAUGUA